AUGCAUAUUCAAGAAAGAAGCGACGAGCUUUUAAAGAAGUUUUUUGAAAUGGAAGCAGAACCAGACAGUAUAGAAAGAAAAUUAUCGCCAAGUGAAAUCAAGUGUGAAGAGUUAUAUGACGCAACAACUACGAGAAAUUCAGACGGAAGAUUUGUAGUUAAGCUACCAUUCACUAGUGACGAUCCUCAAUGCAUGUAUGGAAAUUCAAAAGAAAUAGCAGUAAGAAAAUUGAAAGCGUUAGAAAGAAGACUUAAACAAAAUUUAGAAUUAUACGAAGAUUACCGAAAAGUUUUAUGUGAAUAUUUGGAACUAAAUCAUAUGAUAGAAAUUGAAGAGACAGAUAUCGAUAACCCAAAGGCAGUUUAUUUACCUCAUCACGCUGUAGUAAGGAAGGAAAAGGACACUACUAAGGUGAGAGUCGUAUUUAAUGCAUCAUCGAAAGGUGUCAAUGAUGUAUCUUUAAACGACGAUCUGCACAUAGGUCCUAAACUACAGCAAGAUUUGAGACAUCUGCUUAUGAGGUGGAGAACUCAUCGUGUAUGUAUCAUAGGUGAUUUGGUUAAGAUGUAUCGACAGAUAUUGGUUAAAGACGAAGAUACCAACUUUCAAAGGAUCGUGUGGAGAAAUGACUCGAAUCAACCAAUUAAGCAUUAUAAAUUAUUGACCUUAACUUUUGGGACUGCUUGUGCUCCUUAUUUAGCAGUUAAGACAUUACAGACAUUAGCAAAACAAGAGCAGCUCAGGUUCCCUACUGCAUCGGAAAUUACUCAGCGUGAUUUUUAUAUCGACGACUUAAUGACCGGGUGCGAAAAUUUAGAUGAAGCUUUACACAUAUACGACGAAAUGAAUAGUCUCAUGAAGUCUGGUGGUUUUCAAAUGCAAAAGUGGAGUAGUAAUAACACCAACUUACUAAGUAAAAUUGGUAAAGAUAAAAUGAGUGAUGAUUCCGUACGCAUCAAAUCAGAUAAUCAAUUUAAAGUUCUCGGAUUGUCUUGGAACAGAGAGACUGAUAAUUUCGAGUAUACAAUUAAUUUACCAGAUAGUCAACAUUCUGUAACGAAGCGCCAAAUAUUAUCUGAUAUAGCUCGAUUAUAUGAUCCGAUAGGUUGGAUAGCACCGGUAGUAGUUAAAGCAAAGAUAUUUAUACAGAAGGUAUGGAAAGCAGGAUUAGAUUGGGAUGCAAAUUUAACAGAAGACCUAUUGAUAGAAUGGAAUAAUUUCAGGAAAGAGUUGAAUGAUCUGAAGAAUAUCGUCAUUCCGCGCUGGCUUCAUACAAGCAAAGAUUGCGAUAUGGAACUACACGCAUUUUCGGAUGCUUCUAAAGCUUCAUACGCAGCAGCAAUUUAUCUACGAGUUGUUAAUAAACUUGACAAAUCUGUGCAUGUUACCUUAAUCACAGCGAAGACUAAAGUUGCACCCAUCGACAAAGAAAUAUCGAUUCCACGAUUAGAGCUCUGCGGUGCGACACUUGCAGCUAAACUCGUGUCUGAGGUCGCUCAAGUCAUGGGUAUAGUUAAAGAAAAUACUUACGCUUGGACGGAUUCAACUGUAGUCCUUGCAUGGUUGAAAGGUCCUUCAUCUCGUUGGGCUACAUUUGUGAGCAAUAGAGUAUCAACAAUACUUACCAUUUUGGAAUAUAAUCAGUGGGGACAUGUACCUUCGGAAUCGAAUCCAGCGGACUGCGCCUCUCGUGGUCUUAAAUCUACAGAAUUAAAGAAUUACUCACUUUGGUGGAAGGGUCCUGACUGGUUGUGUAAUUCUACAAUUGAUAUCGAUCAACCGAUUAUACCAGAUACAGAAGAAGAAAGAAAUACUAAAUCAUUUUGUGUUCAACAUCAGAAGGAAGAAGAUUUUGAGUGGAUUAGAUUUUCGUCGUUGUUUAAAAUGUUGAGAGUCAUGGCAUGGUGUCGUAGAAUUUUUAAUAGAGAAAAAUCUAAAUUACCGAAGUAUUUAACAUCUAAUGAAUUGAACGAGGCUUUAUUUAUGUGUAUCAAACAAGUUCAACAUCAUGAAUUUGCUGAAGAUAUAAAACAUCUAUCAUCCAAAGGCUACGUUGUAAAGAAAAGCGUUCUUCACAAACUCACACCUUUUUUGGACGAAAAAGGCAUUGUGCGAGUUGGUGGAAGAAUCAAACAACAUCCUAUUAUUAUUCCCGGAAAAAGUCAUUUGGCUACACUAAUAAUUUCGGAUACUCAUAGUCGUACUCUCCACGGAGGCCCUCAACUCAUGCUAAAUAUUAUAAGAGCAAAAUAUUGGAUUCUACGAGCACGAGAUCGUGUCAAAAAAUUCUAUAGAAGCUGUAUCACAUGUUUACGUCAUUCUAAAGCUCAGAAAACGCAAAUAAUGGGUGAACUCCCAGAUGUUCGAUUAAACCCGAGCAAACCGUUUAGAUCUACCGGAGUGGAUUACGCUGGCCCUAUAUUAAUGCGUUUCUCUCCAGGUCGUGGUUCCAAAGCCUACAAAGGGUACAUUUGUAUUUUUGUGUGCAUGGUGACCCGAGCUAUUCAUUUGGAAGCAGUUUCUGAUUUGAGUGCAAAAGGAUUUAUAGCUGCAUUCCGAAGAUUUACAUCAAGGCGAGGUCACUGCCAGGAUUUAUAUAGCGACAAUGCUACCAAUUUUGUAGGAGCGGACAAACUCUUGCAAAGCAUGUUACGGGAGGCACGUAAAGAAAAUCCCAAUGAAUUAGUGGAUUUGUUGUCUUACGAAUCUACGACGUGGCAUUACAUACCUCCAUACUCGCCAAAUUUUGGUGGAUUGUGGGAGGCAGGGGUGCGAUGCGUUAAAACACAUUUACGUAAGGUGAUAGGUGAUAGUACGUUAACCUACGAAGAACUUACUACUGUACUUCACCAAAUCGAAGCUUGCUUAAACUCACGUCCUAUUACUUUACUUAAUAAUAAUCCGGACGAUCCCCUACCCCUGACACCAGGUCAUUUUCUAGUCGGAGAACCGCUCAUUAAUAUUCCCGAUGAAAUUCAUCUUGUCCAAAACAUAUCUCAUCUAGAAAGGUGGAAAACAGUACAGAAAAUGGUUAAUGAAUUUUGGACAAGAUGGUCCAAAGAAUAUUUAGUAACAAUGGCCCAUCGUCAAAAAUGGACCACUAAAACUCCUGAACCAAACAUAGGCGAUAUUGUUGUUUUAAGAGAUGAACAGCUGCCGCCUUGUAAAUGGGCAUUAGGUAAAAUUGUCGACAAACACCCGGGCCCAGAUAAAAUCACUCGUGUAGUAACUGUGAAAUGUAAGAACGGUCUUUUUAAACGCGCUUUAAGUAAAGUUUGUGUAUUGCCUAAAUGA